AUGCAGACGAAGCAUCCUGAGCAACCACAAAACGAUGAGUCUCUUAGGACGCUAAAGGAUGUUGGACCACAGAGCUCGAAUGCUCUCGGAUCACAGCUCCUCGGCGAGGGACUUUUGGGAACUGGAGAAAAGACACGUUCUGAACAACCCGGCGUCGGACGAUUCUCCGCGAGACGUGGCCUUCCCGGGACCCUUCGGAGCGGGCCUGGCGUGGCCCGGGGGGCCGGGUCCGAGGGCCGGCAGGGAGGUCCUGCGUCAGUCCGGGCGUCUCCCCGGCCACUCGAGGCCAAGGAGCCCCUGCGACCCGGGCCCGAGGACCGCGCGGGAUACACUCCCCGACCCCGAAACCCCUCUCUCCCCACCCGCUUCCCUGCGCCCCGGGCCUCCGGCGCGGGUCUGGACGGCCAGCCAGCCGCAACUCCCGCCAGCCUCGCGCCUCCCAGACCCGCGACCUCCCCACCCCCGGCCGGGCCCCCGCGAGGCUGUGCUUCCCGUAAACUCCCCGCCCCGCGCGGCCCCCUCCCCGCCUCGGCCCCGCCCCCGCGGGACCCUGAGCGGUGCGUGAUUGGCCCGGCCGCGCCAUCACUCUCCGGACGCGUCACCGCCCUCGUUUCCGAAAGCUCGGAGACCGGCAGUGGUAUUAGUGCUCGCGGGGCCGCGGUGGAGGGCGUCGUGCAACCCUGCUCGCUCCUACUCGCCCGCGGGUCGGCGCGCUAGCCCUGCCGAGCCGCGCGACCGGGGCUGCGGGGUGGCCGGGCUGCGCGCUCAGCCGCCGCCGGGGAAGCAGAGGCAGCUCGUCCCAGCUCCGAGAUGGGGAGCUGGCGAAGUUGACGAGCCCCCGGACCCGCGCUGCGUCCCUCCUGCCCAGAGGCGCGCUGCCCUCUCCAGGAGGUGCCCGCACGCGGCCCUGCUCCAGGGGCUGCAGCCAGCGGUCUGUCGCGCGUGCUUGUUUGCCAAAGGAGCUGCCCCUGGGAGAAGACCCACGGAAGAGUUGUUUCCCCGGCGCAUACCUGCAGCCCAGCCCAGGGGCUC